UCUGACAGCAUGCACAUUAUUAAAGCACACAGGGGAUGUUAAGUCAUCUUUAGAAUCGGAGUGCAUGAAUAAUUGCCUCACUAAAUAUGCAAUAAUUCAGUGGACUUUAGGAAAAAAUCAGUCGUAAAUGCAGAAAUCCCAAACUUUUGGUUGACUUUCAUCAACUGCAGAGAUGGAGAUUGAGUCAAUGGUGGCAAACUGUGCACUUAUAAAAGCACGAGAAGUAGGCAACGGUGGGAACCGCAAAGGAAGGAGUCGAAAAUGGAAUGAAUUUCUGUGUUUCCCGCACAUAAACGAGUGCAUAGAGCUAGAGAAAAGCAUCGAGCGAGAUUAUUACAGUCUGUGUGUCACACAGCCCAUCGGAAAACAGCUCUUCCGUCUUUUCUGUGCAGUUAAAUCUGAUCUGCAGCACUGCAUCGACCUGUUGGAUGAAACGGCGGAAUAUGAGGUCACACCGGAUGACAAGAGAAAGAACAUUGGCAAACAACUCAUCAACAAAUAUCUCACCUCACAGUCCUCUAGGGUGCGUGAGAUUGUAGACAGGGAACUUGAGAAGAGCAGCUGCAAUCUGGAGCUCAAAGCUUCUGAAAAUAUAUUCAGCUGCUGCCAAAAGGCACUUCAUGAGUAUCUGAGUGGAGCUCCAUUUGCAGAGUAUCAGAAAAGCAUGUACUUUGACCGAUUCCUGCAGUGGAAGAUGGUGGAGAGACGCCCGAUCAAACGAGACAUAUUUCGAGAGUACCGAGUUUUGGGAAAGGGUGGGUUUGGAGAGGUGUGUGCGUAUCAGUCCCGAGCAUCAGGGAAAAUGUACGCGUGUAAGAAACUAGAGAAGAAGCGCAUUAAGAAGCAAAGAGGAGAAGCCAUGGCCCUCAAUGAGAAACAGAUUCUAGAACGGGUCAACAGCAGAUUUGUGGUCAGUUUAGCAUACGCUUACGAGACGAAAGGGGUUCUUUGCCUGGUGCUGACGCUGAUGAACGGAGGAGACCUGAGGUUUCACAUCUAUAACAUGGGCACCGAGGGGCUCAACAAAGAAAGAGUACAGUUUUAUGCUGCUGAGAUCCUGUGCGGCUUGAGCCAUCUUCAUAAAAAGUCCAUUGUUUAUAGGGAUUUAAAACCAGAAAACAUUCUGCUGGAUGAUAAUGGUCACAUUCGGAUCUCUGAUUUAGGACUAGCCGUAAUCUUGCCAGAAGAAAAACUUGUGAAGGGCAGAGUGGGAACAGUGGGAUACAUGGCACCAGAAGUCAUUACAAACACGUACUAUAGUGUAAGUGUGGACUGGUGGGGACUCGGGUGUCUAAUUUACGAGAUGACGGACGGAAAUCCUCCGUUCCGCAACCACAAGGAACGACUGCCGAGGCAGGAGAUGGAAAGGCGAGUUCUGGAGAUGAUCGAGAAUUAUGGGAAGAAGUUCGACGAGGACACCAAAUGCAUCUGCAAAAGUCUCCUGGCUAAAAACCCAAAGGAGAGAUUGGGCUGCAAAUAUGGGCAUGGAUCAGAGGUCAUCAAAGGUCACGCGUUCUUUAAGGACAUAAAUUUUACGAGGCUUGAGGCCGGAAUGAUGUCGCCACCCUUUGUUCCCGACCCGAGAGCAGUUUACUGCGCAGACGUCCUGGACAUCGAUCAGUUCUCUACGGUUAAAGGAGUGAGCCUUGGUGAGGUCGAUGAAAAUUUCUACAGCAAGUUUAACACGGGAAGCGUGCCUGUGCCCUGGCAGAAUGAGAUGAUAGAGACAGAGUGUUUCAAAGACCUGAAUGUGUUCGGGCCACGAGGAACAAGAACACCGGAUCUGGACCGCAGCAUUGUGAUCCCAAAGACCAGCUCCGAGACUCAGCUCAUCCAUCGGAGUCCUACUGAAAACGGCCGACAGAGCCUGCUGAACCGAUUCUUCAAGAGACGCCACAGGGGACAGUCAGCUGAACCCAUAUAUCGCUCCUUAUCCAGUCAGGGUUCUGAAUGACUUCUGCAGAAGAGGACAAAACAAAGCACUCCUUUUUAUCCUCAUAAUCUGAUUCAAUUUAAAAGACACGAUGGCUUCCUCACUCGAGAGGUUGUUUAAAGUGUCAGUGCUUAUUGAAAAGACUUAUAUUUACUGUAUUACAAACCCUACAGUCUGCAGGGUUUGGGUAGCCUACUUUUUUCAUGCUUUCAUAUGACAAAAAAUAAAUAAAAUAAAAACUGCUUUAUGAUGUUUUAUAUGCUCAAUUUGUAAAUAAAAGACAAAACCAGUGUGCAAAUGUCUUUUUUCACGCUUUCAUAUUACAAAAAAAAAUAUAUAUAUUUGUUUUAUAUGCUCAAUUUGUAAAUAAAAGACAAAAUCAGUGUGUAUGUCUUUUUUCAUGCUUUCAUAUUACAAAAAAAAAAAAAAAAACGAUGUAUGUUUUAUAUGAUCAAUUUGUAAAUAAAAGACCAAAUCAGUGUGCAAAUGAUACUGCAGAAGAGGACUAAACAAAACGUAGCUCUUUUUAUCCUCAUAAUUCCUGAUUUAUGUAAAAGACAUGAUGGCUUCCUCACUGGAGAGGUUGUUUAAAGUGUCAGUGCUUAUUGAAAAGACUUAUGUACUGUAUUACAAACCCUAGUCUGCAGGGUUUGGGCACUUUUUUCAUGCUUUCAUAAGACCAAAAAAAAAGAUUUAAUAAUAAUAAUAAUUAUUGGUGGUGGCUCCUCAUCCACCACCAGUGUGCAGCAUCCACCUGGAUGAUGCAACGGCAGCCAUAGUGCGCCAGAACGCCCACCACACACCAGCUUACUGGUGGAGAGGAGACAGAGUGAUGAAGCCAAUCAGCAGAUAUGGGGAUUGUUAGGAGGCCAUGAUGGUCAGAGGCCAAUGGGAGAAUUUGGCCAGGAUGCCGAGGUCACAACUCUACUCUUUUCGAAAGACAUACUGGGAUUUUUAAUGACCACAGAGAGUCAGGACCUCGGUUUAACGUCUCAUCCGAAGGACGGUGCUUUUUACAGUAUAGUGCCCCCAUCACUAUACUGGGGGCUAGGACCCACACAGACCACAGGGUGAGCACCAGCUGCAGGUCUCACUAACACCUCUUCCAACAGCAACCUAGUUUUCCCAGGAGGUCUCCCAUUCAGGUACUGACCAGGCUCAACCCUGCUUAGCUUCAGUGAGUAACCAGUCUUGGGCUACAGGGUGACAUGGCUGCAGAUUUAUGAUGUUUUACAUGCUCAAUUUGUAAAUAAAAGACAAAAUAAGUGUGCAGAUGGUUUUUUUUUCAUGCUUUCAUAAAACAAAAACAAAAAAAAGAUUUAUGUUUUAUUUGCUCAGUUUGUAAAUAAAAGACAAAAUCAGGGUGCAAAUAAUUCUGCAGAAGAGGACUAAAUAAAACACUGCCCUUUUUAUCCUCAUGUCUGAUUCAUGUAAAAGACACGAUGGUUUCCUCACUGGAGAGGUUGUUAAAAGUGAAAAUGAUGUCUUUUUUCAUGCUUCAUAUUAAAAACAAACAAAACAGAUUUAUGUUUUAUAUGCUCGAUUUAUAAAUAAAAUCAGUAUGCAAAUGGGGUCUGGUCAUUGCAUUAAUAAAUACUGAAUUGUAACAGUGUAGAAAUAUCACAUACAUGCAUGACAACAAAAAUGCCAUUUAUAAUCCUUUAGAUUACUUUAUUAAAACAAGUUUGUGUAUAAAACAUGGUUUACAAAAAAAAAAAAUAUCAUAUUUUACAUCUAUCUGAAUGACUACAAACCAAUUAACAAAUAAACAACUGAUAAAAACCAUGAAUGGAAACCCAUGGCAUCUGAGAACACCGUUAAACACACACCACAUAACACACAACUGAACAUCAGACUUCAACAGGUUAAUGUACAGUCGAAUCAAACAGGACGAGCACUUACAAGGGAAGAGGUUCGCUGUAUGAAGGAAAUGAAAUCGUAUGACUGAUACUAAAAUAAACCCGCAGUAUGAGGAAAUGUAAUAUGAAACUAUUAAUACGAGUGUACAUAAAAGAUAAACCAUUCAUCUAUCUGGUGCAGUGUGAGGUUUCAAAAAAUAAAAACCGUAAUACCAGAAAUGCAAGCUGAAUUAUGAGAAAGACAUUUUGAAUCCUGCAAAGAAAUCAAAGGCAGAAUAAAACUGUAACCAAAUGAUUUAAUAUAUAACAAAAAAUGCUGUGCGCUGUUGUGAAUGGUACAUGAAAACAUGUUUUCAGCCUUAUGGGUGGU